AUGGAGACGCAAACAAUAACAACAUUGACGAGCAAAUCUUCUACAACCACAGAAGCUACUACUAAUUCUAAAACAUCCAUCGUUAAUUUUAACAUUGAUCAACAAUGUCCUAUUCAGUAUGUUACUGUUUACAAUGAUCGUGCUGAAGUGACACGUCUUAUAAAACAUAAUUUUAAUAAUCAAGGUACUUAUGAUCUUAUAUUCGAAGGUUUUUCACCAUCGGUUGACUUAACAUCAUUACAUGUAAGUGGUGGAACAGGUAAAGCUUGUACUAUUCUUGAAGUUUCUUAUCAAACACGUUAUGAAACUACAACAGAAGAAGCAAAUUUAACACCAUUAGAUCAAUUACAAAAUGAACUUGAUAAUGUUCAAGCUAAUAUUGAUAAACACCAACGAGAAUUAACAAGACUUGGUAAACAACGUACAUGGCUUGAUGGACGAGCAUCAAAAUUAAUGAAUCAAGAAGAACAGUUAAAUAUAAAUGAUCUUGAUUUAAUGCAACAAUUUUUGGAUUUUUAUCAUAAAAGUUUAUUAAAACUAGAUAAUGAAACAAUACAUGAAGAAAAUGAAAUAAAAAAACUAACACAACAAAAAGAUGGAUUAAAAACUAAAAUAUAUGAACAUGGUGCAGAAGCACAAGCUAAUCGUCGAAAAACAAAACGAGAAGUAACAAUAAGUGUUUAUAUAGGAAGUAAUGAUAUUGAUGUUGCAUUGGAAAUAUCAUAUUUAAUUAGCAAUUGUUCAUGGAGUGCUAGUUAUGAUGUUCGUGUUACUAGUGCAGAAGCAACACGACAAAAAACUCAACUUACUUAUUAUGGUAUUAUUGUAAACAAAAGUCAGGAGAAUUGGCCUGAUGUGCAGCUAUCGUUAUCGACAGCAGCACCAUCGCUUGGAGGUGUUUCACCAAAACUUGCAACACUCAAAAUAGGUUAUGAAGUAUCUUCUUAUGACUAUGACCGACUGUCAAAUCUGAGAUUAUCAGGCUUGUCUUUAGGAUCCCCUGUAGAUUUUGCAAGAAAGUCAAGUCGAUUUGUAAAGAUGCGUGCACGAGCAUCUCUUAAUUCUUCUGCAGUCGUGGAAGGAAAUGAACAACAAUCAUUAGAUGUGGUCAAUGUUUUAGCUGCUCAAACUGAAGCAAGUAUGUCAAGUACAAGUUUUGCUAUUCCUCGACGAGCAAUUAUAGAUGCUGAUGGUAAACCACAUAAAGUAACUAUUGGUAUACUUGAUCUAACUUCAACAUUUACUUAUACAGUUGUACCAAAAUUAUCACUUCAUGCUUAUCUUAAAGCAUCAACAGUAAAUACAUCCGAUAAACAACUUCUAAUUGGACCUGCAUCAGUAUUUAUGGAUAAUAAUUUUAUUACUCAUAGUGCAAUCGAUAAUGUAUGUGUAGGUGACACAUUUGAUCUGCCAUUAGGUACAGAUGCAAGUGUCAAAGUAGAAUACAAACCAGCAAGAAAACUCACUGAUACUCAAGGUCUUAUUUCAAAAGUACAUCAUGAAAAUAUUCGUUAUGAAACACAUCUUACUAAUACAAAAUCAAGUGAAAUUACAGUUUAUGUUUAUGAACAAGUUCCAUUAUCAUCUGAUGAAAAGAUUAAAGUUAAAUUAAUAAUACCUGAUUUACGAUCGAAAGAACAAGGUUUAAAUUAUACAGUAACAAUGAAUGAUUCGAAUAACUUGGAAUGGAAAUGUAUUUUAUCAGCAAAAGGUGAAUGUCGUUUACCUCUUGAAUAUAUUGUUGAAUGGCCAAUAGAUAAACGUGUCGAAUUUAAACAAGUUAAUUAA